CGUGAGGGCCCAUGGCCGAGCCGGCUCCGUUACCUCUGACUUUUGAGGAUGUGGCCGUUUAUUUCUCCGAGCAAGAAUGGCAGGAUCUAGAGGUAUGGCAGAAGGAGCUUUACAAGCAAGUAAUGAGAACCAAUUAUGAGAUUCUUGUUUCUCUAGAUGAUGGACUUCCCAAACCAGAACUAAUAUCCUGGCUUGAACAGGGGAGAGAACUCUUCAGGAACUGGGGAGAAUCACAGAAAUCAGGAAACAUAAUUUGCUCCUCUGCUGAUUUGCAUUUGGAUCCAGUUAUUGAGGGACAUCUGUUUGGGGGAAGCCAGCAAGCUGUGAAACCAGGAGAAGCCCACUGCCAUUUCCAAGUAGAUCCUCUUCAGAGCCAGCGUUCCUCUGAACCCUUAUUAGGAAAAAGUGAAGACGUUUCCUUCAGGCCUGACCAAGUCGUCACCGUCCUGAAUCCACAAAGACAUGAUACUCGGGCUCUAAUUCCAGUAGUCCACAGCUCCAGGGAACCCACCGAAAGAGACAGAAUCGUAACUCCCAGGACCCUCGGUCUCCCAGGCUUCCAGGAAACCUCCGGGGAGGGCCUCCAGCACCCUUGCCCCGUCUGUGGGGAAGGCUUUUGGAAGAACCUCUCAGAGCAGCACCAGGGGAGCCACUCGAAGGACCCGCCACACAAGGCCUGGAAUCAAUUCCGCAAACAAACCGAGGCACAACAGCCGCUGAGCAUCCCUCGGGGACAGAGGCACUUCCGCUGUCCAGAAUGUGGGCGGGGCUUCCGCCGGAAGUCGUGUUUGCUUAGACCCCUGGCAAUCCACCCCGAGGACAGCCAGCUGCCGCGCAGCGAGUGUGAACUGUACGCCCACCACCUGCGCGCGGGGCCGAGGCCUUCCCAGUGCCCCGGCUGCGACGAGAGAGGCCAGGCUCCCAGAGGGAGGCCGGGCCUGAGCCCGGCUGGCGAGGAGCGCCCGGAGGCUCUCGAGCCCGGCCCCGGCGCGGAGAGGCAGGCCACCAGCGGCCCGUGCGGCCGGCGCUCCUCCCCGCAGUGCGGGCUUCCAGACCACACCCACGUGCACAGCGCAGAGCGGCCCUUCCGGUGCGCCGAGUGCGGCCGGGCCUCCUGCCAGCACGGACGGCUGCGGCUCCACCGGCGGCUGCACUCAGACGAUCAGCCUUUCGCGUGCGCGGAGUGCGGCCUGGGCUUCCGACUGAGGAGGCACGGCGACGAGAGGCCGCUCUCCUGCGGCGAGUGCGGCCGCGUCUUCGCCCACCCGUGCAAGCUGCGCGAGCACCUUCGGGUGCAUAGCGGAGAGCGGCCUUUCGGCUGCCCUGAGUGCGGCAAGAGCUUCCGCCUGAAGGGCAUCCUGAAGGCGCACGAGCGCACGCACAGCGGCGAGCGGCCCUUCCAGUGCGUGGAGUGCGGCAAGGGCUUCACGCGGCCGUCCAAGCUGGCCGAGCACUUACGCGUGCACAGCGGCGAGCGGCCCUUCGUGGGCGACUGCGGCCGCCGCUUCCGUCUCGAGGGGCAGCUGCAGAGCCACCAGCGCCUGCACACGGGCGAGACGCCCUUCCCGUGCCCCGACUGCGGCAAGAGCUACCGCGUGAAGGCCGACAUGAAGGCGCACCGGCUGCUGCACGGCGGCCGGAUGCUCUUCUCCUGCGAGUGUGGCAAAGGCUUCGCCAAGCAGUCCAAGCUCAUGGAGGACAUCAGGACGCACACGGGCGAGAAGCCCUUUCAGUGUCCCCAGUGCGAAAAGAGCUUCCGCUUGAAGGCGCAGCUGCUCAGCCACCAGGGCCUGCACACCGGUGAGAGGCCUUUCCGCUGCCCCGAAUGCAAUAAAAACUUCCGGGAAAGGGGCCACAUGCUUCGGAACCAGCGCAUCCACAGGCCCGACAGGCCGUUCGUCUGUGCAGACUGCAGCAAGGGCUUCAUUUAUAAGUCGAAACUCGCCGAACACAUCAGAGUGCACACGAAGUCCUGUCGUGCCCCCAGUGAGCCUGACGUUAAGCAAAGCCUCAGCCAACUAUUUGCGAUGAUUGAGGCCGACUGGAGUUGAGGCCGAGUAGGGCGCCCAAAGCGGUCAGCAGAGUCGGUAUUGCCAGGGAGUCCACAGGCAGC